UUCGGCGCCAAGGCGUAGCUUACGCACACUUCUGGUAGAAUGUCGGGUGAAGAUAGCGACUCGGAUUUCGAUCCAGAGGAGAUCUUGAGUCAAUUACAGAACCUGCAAGAACUUCUUCAUCGACAAGUGGGGAAACAUAAGAAUGUGGCCCUGCUGCAAGACACACACAGACACUGGGAGGUCAGCCCGAUCGUGUUCGAGGACUGCAACUCUUUGGAGGGAGAAUCCAUCAAGCAAACAGUAAAACUUGUGAAUAAAGCAGAGGAUCAUGAAAGAAAACGCCGAAUGUCCAUCCCCUACACGGGAAUGGCGAAUACUACAGAUGCGGAUCUCGAAGACAACUCGAUUCACGUGGAGACAAUGCAUGAGGAGCUGCUACACUUAUUUGCCAUACAUGAUGCAAAGUACCAAACUGAGUGUGAGCGCGAGCGCCAAACAGCAGAAGCCGUGAAACAAAAGAUGCAAGAUGAGCUGCUCAUGCGCGCUUCGCGAAGACGAGCCCGCGAGGCUUUUGAGGAAGAGAGACAGAGGAAGAUCAAAGAAAUGGAAAAUAUGAUGACCGGAUGUGACGAGGAGAGCCUUGCUAUGGCGGAGACCAAUGACAAGCUGUCUGAAGUCCAUCAGGAUCUCAAGAGCGCAUUCCAGAUUAUGCAGCAAGCCAAGGAGGCGCAGGAGGACAAGGAGCGUCACGUGACUGAGGAGAGAAAAGAGCUUUUGUUGCAGGAGAUCCGUAGAUUUCCGAGCAAGAAAAAGCAGAAAGAGCUUCUUGAACAGGAGCGGCAGAACAGGAUCAAAAUGUAUCGGGAACGCAUCCUCACAAAUAACAAAUCCGACGAGACACUUGUCCAAGUACAAGAAGACCUUCUGAAGCUGUUUGGCAAAAUCAAGAAAGACAAGAAGUUAUUGAAAGAAACCACGCAUAACGAGCAAGAGGACCGUAAGGCCCUUAUGCACGAGGAGCUGCUCCACAAGACCCUUAGCAAGCAGGUGUCCCAACAGGAGGCCCAAGAACGGGCCAGGAGAAUCAAGGAGUCGAAAAGCGAGCUAUCCCAUGACGACUCACCCAAACAAAAGGCAAUGGACACCCUGAUUGACGUGCAAAGGCAGCUUUUGGAUGUCAUGUCACAUGUUCAGAUGACGUCAGUCAAAGAGCAAAUGCACCACCUAAAGUUCAUGAACGCGCGCGCCAACAUGCUGCAUGAAAUACGCAUGCGUAAAUCCGACCACGAUAUACAUUGUGAUACACCAUCCGCGGCCUCGUUCACAAGACCAGGUCGUCGACUGUCAAUCAUCGGAGAGCAACUACAGAACAACCAAUCAUCAAGCAUUUAAUGUGAUGAUAUAUAUUUAUUUGAAAGCUAUGUUUCUGUAAUAAUAACGUGUUUACAGUAAAAUUAUGUAUUCACUUUUUUAA